AUGAACGAACUGCCAGGCACACGGAAUGACGUAGCGCGGGAUUUCCCCAGUCAGCAAUCUGGUCCUUCGAAAUCUUUAUCACCAGGAUCCCUGGGCUUUGCACCACAGUUGGUUCCAGGCUCUUGCGGUGUGCGGUCGACCUCCCUGUUUUCGAAUCCGUUUUCAUUCCGGACAGUCAUGGCCAGAUUCUCCCUCGCUUUCGGGCUGCUCGUGGUGGCACUGGUGGCGUCUGCCGAGGCCAGGAGCCCCGUCCCCCCAGGAUUCAGGCCGGGCUCUGGCUGUGACGUCAUCGCCUGCCCCGCCAUCUACGCCCCUGUCUGCGGCAGCGACGGGAAGACAUACCCCAGCCAGUGCGAUCUUAGGGCGGCCAGGUGCAGGAACCCGCGACUCAGGGUCGUGAGCCAAGGAGAAUGCAGUACUCCUUCUCAAGGUAACUGCCCGACUGCCUGCCCCUUUAACUACGACCCGGUGUGUGGCAGCAACGGCAAGACAUACGCCAACGAGUGCGCUUUGGAGGGGGACAAGUGUUCGGUCCGAGGACUCACUCUGAGUCACAGGGGAGAAUGCUAGGCCAACCGGAACAAAAGCCUCGUUCACGCUGAUUCCUCCUCCAGUGUUCUCUACCACUCCCCCCUCCUUCUCCCAUCUACUCCCCCCUCCCCCCCCCCUCAGCUGGACGUCAACGUUACUGCGGCCUUCAGUGAUCACUAAGCCAUCGACCAAGGAAGAUAUUUAACCAGUCUCUAAAAAAGAAGAAGUCAAAAUUGGUUCCUAUUCCGUAAUCUGAAUAUUACAUAAGCAAU